AUGCCGUCACUAUCAAUACAUAUCCUUUCUUUGGCUUUGUGUUUAUCAUCUGGAUUUCAACAAGGAUAUAUAGCGUCCGUGCUUAAUCAGCCUUAUUUACAAAUGCAACGAUUCAUAAAUGAUUCUUGGUUGGUACGUACCGGAUCUCCGAUGAAGCUGUCGACCUUGGAUAUGAUGUGGUCGUUUCUUAACGUCUGCUUCCCGAUAGCCAUGAUUUUUGGUCAGCUCCUGGCAGCGAUCAUGUGUAAAAAGAUUGGCAGAAGGGGUACCGCACUAGUGGCAACAGCAGUUUAUGUGCCAGCAACCUUGCUUAGUGCAGGGGCUAAAAUGUGCCAUUCUUUCGAGUUACUUAGGGGAAACCAGGGAGAUGAAGCUCAAGCGCAUUAUUCAUCAAUUAGGUCAUUGGCGAAUGGUGUAAGCAGUGUUAAUGCUACUGUAUGGAUUGUCGAAUGUGCUCCUCCGCAGAUACGAGGGCGAAUGGCAGCUAUGCAGGAGUUCUUUAUGGCUGCA